AUGUGGCCCACGGCCACCGCCGUUGUCGGCAUGCGCUCCUGCGCUCGAGCUCCUGAGCUGAGAGCAGCGUUCGGCUCGACGUGGUCAAUAUCUGUUGCAGCCUCACGAACAUAUUCGACGCAACGUACACUUUCUCAUGCCGCCAGCGUAUUUCGACCAGCUCUGUCACCGUUCACCCUGUCGACCACGAGUCUGACGCUGCAACGCACAUUCUCCACCUCCGUUCCCCCCUACAACAAGACCGAGCCUGUCAAAUUGGCCCCAGCUUCAACACAGGCAACACCCCAGGAUACCCAUCCCGAGACAGCAUCAGAUGACAACAAGGCCGUUACGAACAAUGCUCCCGGAUCACUCGCAUCACGGCUCUCUGCACGCGUCAGAGCGUUGCUCCAAGCACAGCUGGUCAAGUCAGCGCCGAAAUCCAAAGACGGCGCCUCGCCCGCCCCGACCACUUUCCCCGAUCUCAAGCGGCUCUUUUCGCUUGCCAUGCCUCAGAGGAGAAGCAUUCUCAUCGCUCUGGGGCUGCUGCUCAUCUCGUCAUCUAUCACGCUGACCGUUCCCUUUGCCAUUGGCCGACUGAUCGACUUCUUCACGUCCGGUCAGAACGCGCUGUUUGGCCUCGGAUUCGGCACCGUCGCCGGGCUCAUGCUUCUCAUCUUUGCUGUAGGCGCGGGUGCCAAGGCCGGGAGCAACAUCCUGCUCGAACUGUCCGGUGUCCGCGUUAUUCAGGGUAUCCGCAACCAGGCGUACCGAUCGGCCUUGCGACAGGACGUCGAACUCGCCGACAAGGGUGCUGGUGAUGUGGUCAGCCGUCUCAGCGUCGAUACCAGUAUCGUGGGAGAGUCGCUCACCUCCGAUAUCGGCGACGGCCUCCGUGCGGGUGCUACAGUGCUGUUCGCGGGUACAGCCAUGUUUAUGAUCUCGUCCAAGCUGACGCUGCUCAUGAUGGCGGUUGUGCCACCUGCUGCAAUCGGUGCGGUUUUCUACGGCCGUUAUCUGCGCGAUUUGACGCACAAGACGCAGGAUGCAGUCGGGCAAAUGACAAGAUUGGCAGAGGAGCGUCUUUCGCCUCCGGCGUUUCGAACCGUGACGGCAUUCAACACGCAGAAGCAGGAGUUGCGACGUUUCGACGAGAGGAUCAGAUCAAUUGUCGACCUGCAGACCAAGGAGGCGUACGCUUCCGGCCUCUUCUAUGCCGGAACGGGCUUCGUGGGCAACUGCGCCAUCUUGACGCUGCUGACGUACGGCGGACACCUGGUGAGCAGGGGCGAGAUCUCUGUGGGCGACUUGACCUCGCUGCUCAUGUAUACGGCGUACCUGGGUGGCGGCAUGGUCAGCCUCACCUCGUUCUUCGCGUCGCUUAUGAAAGGACUCGGUGCCGGUGCGCGCGUGUUUGAGCUCAUCGAUCGCGAAUCCAACGUGGCCCUCGGUAAGGGGGAGCCACUGCAAGUUUCUUCCAGCACCACAGCUCGCUUGCCCGUCCGCUUCCAAGACGUGCAUUUCACCUACCCGUCCCGCCCGCAGCAGCCCAUCCUGCGCGGGGUGACGCUUGACAUUGAGCCAGGCCAGUCGUACGCGCUCGUCGGCGGAUCGGGCGCGGGCAAGUCGUCGGUGCACUCGCUGCUGUUGCGCUUCUACGACCCGACCAAGGGCAAGAUUUUGCUGGCGGGUCGCGACCUGGCGAGCUAUAAACCGGAGAGCGUACGUAAGCAUCUGGCGCUCGUGCCGCAGGAGCCGAUCCUGUUCGAUGGUACGCUCGAGGAGAACAUCAAGUACGGAACCGAGUCAGCUACGCGCGAGGAAGUGGAGCAGGCCGCACGCAUGGCUGGGUGCGAGUCGUUCAUCGCCGAGAUGCCGCGUGGCCUGGAUACGGUGAUUGGAUCGCGUCAGUUGUCCGGUGGGCAGAGACAGCGCAUUGCAAUUGCGCGAGCGUUGGUGAGGAAACCGGCGAUCCUGCUACUGGACGAGGCAACGUCCGCACUGGACUCGGCGUCCGAGCUGAUGGUGAACAAGGCGAUUGAAGAAAUCAUCAAGCAGGGCAAGAUUACCGUGUGGAUCGUUGCGCAUCGCCUGUCGACCAUCAAGAGCGCGAACAACAUCCAGGUGUUGGAGAAGGGCAGAAUUGUCGAGCAGGGCACGUUUGAGCAGUUGGAUCGACCGGGGUCGAGGUUUAGGGCCUUGAUGGCUGCUCAGCUCGAGGCAAAUGCUGGAGAGACGGUGGAGGAGGAUGCAGAGGAGAUGGUGUUGGGGGAUGCGACGAGCGACAACGGCGGUGAAGUUGCGUCUUCUACGACAUCCCGUACUACUACGCACGCCGGCAGCACCUCGAUCGGGCCGCGUCGCUCACUGCACACCUCUUGUCGAGCCUUCUCCUCUUCCUCCUCUUCCUCCUCUUCCUCCUCUUCCUCCUCUUCCUCCUCUUCCUCCUCCUCCUCCUCCUCUCGGACAACACCUUCGCCCAACCCCAUACACCCAGCCAUCCCAACCACAGGCACAUGGAGCCUCAACAGCGUUAUCAACCCUGCCUCCACCAGUACCUCGUCAUCAUCAACGGACGAGCUGCUGAGCGAGGGUGAGCUGGACAAGCUGCAUCGCCUGUCUGCGCUCGUUCCUCCGUCAAAUGCCGACGAGAGGCACGUGUUGAAGCGCAGAUUGGCCGGCUUGCUGCGCUUGGUGAGGGCGGUGCUUCCGGCCGGCUCCUCUGCCACUGCUUCUGCUUCCAGCACUGCCAACGGCGGAGCGGGAAUUGCAGUCGACAAGGUGGCUCCGGUUCAGGUAGGACAGGCCGGGGAGAUGGUCGAUGCACGACCACUAAACGUCUACGAUUCGCGCUGGAACGUGUGUCUUGUCGCCGAGCAACACACCGCGGCCACCACCGCCGCCGACGACGGGAGUGCACAACGACAACGAGGGAAACAAGAAAGAGGGGCCGGAGUGCUGGACAGAGACGAGCUGCUUUCGAAGGUGGACAAGAAACGCAAGUACCAAGGCUUCUUUGUCGUCGAUCGGACGUAG